GCCAGUGUUGCCCGAGGCUCCUGGAAGGAGUUGCUGUAUAUAAUCCCCUCUCUGCUGCUUUGCACAGUGACUGCUCCUCUGUCUACCUCAGUCCUCAGAUCACAAACCUCUCACCAUGGCUCAACAACCAAUCAGCCUCCCUGCCAAGCUCAUCAAUGGUGGAGUUGCUGGACUGGUGGGUGUUACCUGUGUGUUUCCCAUAGAUCUUGCCAAGACAAGACUCCAGAACCAAAGAGGAAGCCAACGGGUCUACAAAAAUAUGAUGGACUGUCUGAUAAAGACUGUUCGAUCUGAGGGAUACUUUGGAAUGUACAGAGGUGCAGCAGUCAACCUGACACUGGUGACUCCUGAAAAGGCCAUCAAACUAGCCGCCAAUGAUUUCUUCCGUCAACGACUCAGUAGGGGAGAACUCAAGCUGAGCGUGUUUCAGGAAAUGCUGGCUGGUUGCGGGGCAGGGAUGUGUCAGGUUAUUGUAACAACCCCCAUGGAAAUGCUCAAGAUCCAACUUCAGGAUGCAGGACGACUUGUGGCUCAGCAGAGGCCCGUGCUCCACACUGUGAAACUUGGAACGGCCAGUCCUGUCCUGAACUGCACAUACAAUGUGGGUCCUGUGUCUUCAACCAGGAAAGUGUCAGCCAUUCAGAUAACCCAGGAACUGCUUCGCACAAAGGGCAUCCAGGGACUUUACAAAGGACUAGGUGCAACCCUCAUGAGGGAUAUCCCCUUCUCUGUGGUUUACUUUCCGCUGUUUGCCCACAUCAACCAGCUGGGCAAGACAUCUGAGGAAGACGAUGUGCCUUUUUACUGGUCUUUUAUUUCGGGCUGUGUGGCUGGAUGUACAGCGGCUGUGGCAGUCAGUCCUUGUGAUGUGGUGAAAACCCGGCUGCAGUCACUCAAUAAAAGUGCCAAUGAAGACACCUAUAAUGGCGUGUUAGACUGCAUCAGAAAGAUAAUGCAAAAAGAAGGGCCAACUGCUUUUCUGAAGGGUGCCGGCUGCAGGGCGCUAGUCAUUGCUCCACUCUUUGGAAUUGCUCAAGUGGUUUACUUCAUUGGUGUUGGAGAGUUCCUCUUAGGACAAACCCCAUUCAACCUUUACUCUGUCUAAACAUCUUCACACUAUGAAACCACCUGAAUUAAACUUUAAAGACCAACGCAGCUACAAUGCGACUAAAUAUUUGAGAACAAACCAACCUGGUCGAAUGACAAUUUGUAAUAAUUUAUAUGAGAUGAUAAAAUCGUUCAAAUCUGGGUCAUACAAAAACAUACAACCAAAACCUACUUUACCAUGACUGUAACCUGGAAGGUUAUAUAUAAUCCAAGUUAUUGGACAUCACGA